UGUGCAACACGGCGACAACGCUCGUCUGUUAGGUGUUUUAAUUUUGGACUGAAUUUCGUUGUGUUCGAAUUUCUGAAUUGUGAAAGUGAUUUUUGUGGUUUAUUCUUUAUGAUGUACUUGAAGGUUGUGGAAUUUGUCUAUCCUUUGAUGCUGUUUUGGCUGUUUUUAAGGGCUGGUCUGUGUAAGCCAAGUAAGGGCAUUGCUUACACGUCUUUUGAACUACAUUCCAUAGGCGAGAGGUCAUCGGUGCGACUACCAGCACAUGUGAACUUUACCACCUGAGAUUCAGCGUCAUAAGCCUAGGAUUAGGAAGAGGGGUAAGGCUGGAGGAGUCAGAAAAAGACUUCAACGAAGGAAGUGUAAGCCAUUUAUACCAUCUUUAGUACUUGGAAAUGUUAGAUCAUUGAACAACAAAAUCGAUUUACUUAGAGCAAAUGUGGAACACUUCAGUGAUUUUAGAAAUGUCAGUUUAAUAGCAUUCACCGAAACGCACCUGAUUGAUAAGCACAGUGACCAAUACAUCCAGGUAGUUGGAUUUAAAUCUGUUCGUGGAGAUCGCACCCCUGAUGCGAAUAAAAAUGGCGGUAUAGGUCUUUGCCUCUAUAUUAAUUAGAAGUACUGUCACCCAAAUAAUUCUACGCUCAAGCUCCACAAAUGUACGCCAUAUUCUGAAGUACUGGUGGUUAGUAUUCGACCCUAUUACUUGCCGAGGGAAUUCUCGCAUGUCAUUAAUGUUUUUUUGGUAUAUAUACCAGAAAAAAAGUUGCAAUAAAUGAGGUUGCUGAAAUAAUUCAGGACAUUGAAUGUUCGAAUUCUGAAGCGUUAGUACUUAUAAAUGGCGACUUCAACAGGUGUAAACUCAAGAAAACAACGGUCACAUAUUAUCAACAUGUUACAUGUAAAACAAGAGACAAUACGAUUCUUGAUUUAUGCUUUUCAAAUGUGAAAGAUGCCUAUACUUCGUCGCCACACUCCGAUCAUAAUUUGGUUUUACUUAGCCCUAGGUACCGUCCACUUAUAAAAACAUGCGAGCCAAAAAUGAUUAAAGUUCGCAAGUGGUCACCCGAAGCUGAAGAAGCCCUAGUAAGAGAGUUUGGAACAACCGAUUGGAAUAUUUUUACUGAUAAAGAAGAUUUGAAUGGUAUCACAAACGCAGUGAGCGCCUACAUAAACUUUUGUAUUGAGAAAUGCGUGCCAGUAAAAACAGUUAAAAUUUAUCCUAAUAACAAAUCUUGGAUAACAAAAGCUGUCAAAUUACUUUUGUGUGAGAAACGGCAAGCAUUUAAGCUGGGUGAUACCAAUCGUAUGAAAAGACUGACUAGUGAGAUUAAAUCUGAAAUUAAGAAACAGAAGAAUAUAUUUAAGAAAAAAGUCGAACAAAACUUUAAGUCAAACAAUAUGGAAAAGGUCUGGCAGGGUAUGAAACUAAUGAGUGGCUACACAAAUGGUGGUAAUAUACCUACCCCAAUUCCAAAUGUAGCAGUGCAAUAUAUCUGUUGUUUGUAGUGUUUUGACAUAUUGCCUUGCUUGUUGGGCUGGUAAUGCUGCCCGAGUGGAUAAAGGACGUAUUGACACUUUCAUCCGUCAGGCUUGUAAAAUGAUUGGUCUACAGUUGCCCUCCAUUAUGGGGUGUAUCAGAACACCUUCCAUCGUAUUGAGUUAUAUACCUCUCAUCCACUCCAUUAUGCUAUUAUUAACCAACUUAAUCCAAGUGGUAGAAUGAGGCUACUCGGAGCAAAAACAAACCGUUAUGCGAAGUCAUUUAUCCCCUCCGGCAUCACCCAG